ACCUGUACGUCACUCAAGCAGGUGGAGCGCCAGACAGAAGACAGGUGCGAAACAGAGAGACAUCAAGAGUUGGCGCUUAUGAAAAGUUGAAUCACACGCAAAAUUACCUGUGGAGAGCGUGUUCCGUUUUCAAGUUCUUAUUUGAUUUUCUGCUCGGACACAGCUAUUGUGGUGCUUUUUCGACAAUGAGGUUAUUACGUUUCGCCGUUGUUUUUGUAGGUUAUCUGGUCUGCAGCUCCUGGGGUGCGGUCGCGCAGCCUCCACCUGCGGGCACGGGUGCAGUGGAGCAGACGACAACCCUCUGGUCUAUGGUGACGGGUACACAGAAUCCAAGUAUCGGCUUGCUGGGGCCAGCUGGGGCAGUAGGGUCAGGCCCUGGCCCCGACGCCAUCACCGCAGCAACUGGUCAGGUCGCCACAACUUCGGUAGCGCCUCCACAUGUAGCAGGCACCACAUCAUCCCUUUUGAGCGCAAUCUACCCGACACAGCCUCCUCUUGGUCCGCUGGACCCUUUCGGUGGUUCAGGUGCUGUAACAGUAACACCUAGUCCUGGUAGUAUGGGAAACAUGAUGGAAAUAUGGAACAUGAUAAAUGGUGCUACUGCCACCACAGCUUCAAAUGGUACAGGCAAUGAUGUCAUUUUUCCUGGGCUGACAACACAACAACUAGCAGGAAUGAUGACUAAUUCAGGCUCUUACUACAACAUGACCAUGGGGAAUAUAACAGGAAGUGGAUACCCCUCCUCUUAUCCUAGUAGUUACCCAAGUGGCUCAGGACCCCCUCUUGACAACACUAUUGGGACGGGCUCAGGUUUUCCUGGAGGCAUGGGUUCAGGUUUUCCUGGAGGUAUGGGUUCAGGUUCACCUGGAAGCUACCCAUCUGUAGGGACAACACCUCCACCUCAGCUGCCUGGGGGAAUGACAGGCAACACAGGUUUCAAUGACCUGCUGAAUGGUAUCCUGAGUACGGGGGGAAGUGGUGUGAUCCCACCUCCUCCCAUGGGUCUUCCGGGAUCUUCCAAUACUGGCAUGGCUACAGCACUUGCUCUCAUGCAGCAAAGGAGGCUACAGCAACAGCGGAAGCAACAGCAACAACAGCAACAGAUGACUAAUUUAAUGACUGCUUCCAUGAUUGCUGGAGGGGGUGAACUAUUAGAUCUGAAAGAUCUCAUGCCAAUGAUGAUGAUGAUGAUGAUGACUUCAGGCGCGGGACAACAGCCAGCUGGUGGCAGCAUGAACAACAUACUGGGAGGUGGGGGGAUGAUGCCAGGAGCCAAUAGUAUGCUUGGAGGAAGGUCCUUGGCCUCCGCUGGUAGCAUGGGUCUGCCAAACAUGUUCUCUGGACCUGGUGUUGGGGGUGCAACACAACAGUUAAGUGGUACCCCCAUGGACCUCUUGUCUGGAGGUUCCAACCCCAUGAGUGGACUAUUCAGCUCAGGAUCAGGAACCACUGGCGGUGGCGGUGGCACUGGUGGAAUAGAUCUUAGCUGGUUGACAGGAGCCCUCUCAUCCACAUCUGGAGGUGCAGCUGGGGGUCAAGUCCUAGGCUGAGCACUCCUUAUGCCAUGCUGGUCAGGCCAAGUUAUGGAAGUGUCAAUACUCUGUCAUACAUUUGCGAGAAUCUGCCAUGUUUUGUUUCAGUCAAUGUUACUUAUGGUACUGUCAUGGACACAGAGGUGUAUAGCGAGAGUUGAGGUUGAAACUAAUAAAAAUAUGCGUGUGCUCA